AUGAUAACUUUUACUACCACUGAUGAAAUUGAAUAUUACGAUGAUUACUCAGAUGAAUUGACCACAAUCAAACCAACACAACAACCAAAGAAAGUAAAACCAGUUGUGAAGAAAACACAAAAUGAAAUUAAUCCAUUAAUGAAGAAAACAAUUCAAUAUCGAGAAAAAUCUCCAUCUGGAUCUAAUGAUGAAUAUUAUGAUGAUGAAAUUAUUGAAACAACAUGGGUUGUUAAAUUGGGUAACAAGAAUGUAACUGAUAAAGAUUUACUCAACUACAUCAAUAAAGAAACAAAUAUUGAAGAACUUUUCAGAAAUAGUCUGAAAGACAACUCCAACAAUAGUGAUUAUAAAUAUGAUAGUGAAACACUAACAUCAUUGUUUACUGUACCUAAGACAGUAAAACUCAGUAAUAAAACGAUUGACCAAUUUUUGGAUAAGGAUACUGAUUUAGACGGUAUGCUGAAAACAUAUUUCCCAAUGGAAAAAACUACAAAACGCCCAAUUGAAGUCAUAUCGAAAACAUUUUGGUUCUCCAAAGAUUUUGACGACCAAAUAGAAAAUUUGGGUAUUACUAAAGUCUUAAAAAGUUCAAAAGACUUCAAGAAAAUUUUAAAUGACCAUAGCAAUUCCUCUUCAUCUACUGAAAGUUACACUUAUGAUUCAGAAGGCGAAGUAAUCGAGGAAUAA